CAAAGUCACGUUCGUGUUAUUUUACUAUUUCCAUCAAAUACUAAUCCAUGGGGCUUUAAUUGUAAAGUUUAUUAGAUCAAUUUAAUUUCCGAAAUUUCUUUCCGAAAGUGAUCCGGGACGCGGAUCACUCAAUAAAUCUGGGCUUUAUAGAGACUGUUCUAAAAGCGAUGAGUAAAUUAAUACCAUCAGCCGCAAAGCUUUUAAGCGGAGCAACAGUGUCGAAAGCAGCCGCCCCAGCUGUAGUUGCUUCAAAAACAAAUUAUAGCACUAAAUCUGAAUCAACGUUUGAAAUCAAGCCUUACAAACUCCACAAAUUGGAUAAAGGCCCGGCUACAUCAGCUACUCUAACAUCAGAAGAUGCAUUGGAAUUAUAUGAAAAGCUUGCUGUCCUACGCAGAAUUGAAACUGCCUCUGGUAACUUGUAUAAGGAGAAAAUCAUUCGUGGAUUCUGCCAUUUAUAUUCAGGCCAAGAAGCGGUAGCUGUGGGUAUGCGUGCAGCACUACGAGAUGUUGACUCAGUCAUCACUGCUUACCGUUGCCAUGGCUGGACUCAUUUGAUGGGAGUCAGCGUCCUUGGUGUACUCUCAGAAUUGACAGGAAGGAGAACUGGUUGUUCCAGAGGCAAGGGUGGCUCUAUGCACUUGUAUGGAAGGAACUUUUAUGGUGGGAAUGGAAUUGUUGGUGCUCAGGUUCCUUUAGGUGCGGGUUUAGCAUUUGCCCAUAAAUAUCGCGGUGAUGGUGGUGUAGCAUUUGCAUUGUAUGGAGAUGGAGCUGCUAACCAGGGGCAAUUGUUUGAGGCAUACAACAUGGCUAAGCUUUGGGACCUACCCUGUGUGUUUGUGUGCGAGAACAAUGGUUAUGGUAUGGGCACAAGUGUCGAUCGAUCAUCGGCCAGUACCGAAUACUUCUCUCGUGGUGACUAUGUCCCUGGUAUUUGGGUGGACGGCAUGGAUGUCAUCGCUACUCGGGAAGCAACACGCUACGCUAUCGAUUACUGUACUAGUGGAAAGGGACCCCUAGUAAUGGAAAUGGAGACAUACCGUUAUUCCGGCCACUCCAUGUCUGACCCGGGUACAUCAUACCGCACUCGCGAUGAAGUGCAGGAGGUACGACAGACCCGCGACCCGAUUACUUCCUUCAAGGAGAAGAUUAUCGCCAGCGAACUUGUUACACCGGAUCAGCUUAAGGAAAUCGAUACUAAAGUUCGUAAAGAAGUAGAUGAAGCAACCAAACAAGCCAAGGUUGAAGCUGAAGUCGGCCCCGAGGAAUUGGCGGGAGACAUUUACUACAACAAUUUGGAGAAUGUCAUUCGUGGUAUUCACCCAGCCGCGCCCCUGCAGCAUGUGGAAGUCGUUCCCAGGAAUUAGGAAAGUAGCAAAUACACAGUUCAAAAAUGCAAUAAUUACCUUGAAACCGUGUCUCCGUGUUUCGAAAUAUUUCAAAAAUAUUUAUUAGUGAAUUUAUUUGUCAAAAACAAAGAUGCGGCUUUGUUAAUAAAUCGAUUUUAAUAGUUAAUUUGUCAUAGCAGGUUUUUCUGUCUGUGUGCCUUUGAUCAACAUUUGGCAAUUGACAUUAGGAUUUGUAUCCCAUUUUUGUAAGUAAUUAAUGUUGACGUCCGAGUAAAUACCACUUUCUAGAAAAAUCUACUAAAUAAAUGUAUGUAUGUUAAACUUGGAUACGAUAUAAACGAAAAACAGUUUGAAGGCGUCUAUUUCUUUAGACUUUUGACAACUUUAACACCGAAAUUGAUAUAAUUUCGAAAUUAAAUAAAAAUAAUGAUAAUCCUUACUACGCUAUAAGUGAUUAGUGUAAAUAUUUGACCAGAAAGAGACGUUUUAGACAAAUUAAAGUUAGAUUUUAUCCGCUACGGUUAUUACGUAAUAUCCCGCUAUCCGAUUUUAGUGUUGCCAGCGUUGCAAGAUGGAGUAAGAAUAUCGUGUUAUUUUCUUUAAAUCGCUUCUUUUUAUUACCCAUAUUGUUUUUAUUAUUGUACUUAUAUUUUAUCUGUGCGGGAUUAUAAUGUAGAUAGAGCUUUAUGAGGCAUAUUUAUUAUGCCUUGGUGUUACCAUAAUUGAAAUAUUAAUUACUUUUACACUGAAUAUACAUUUUAUUUGAGAUUAUUUUAUCUUUAUUUUGUAUUUGUGUAUUUUUUAGUAAACUGCCAAUUCGUAGAUGGGGAUCAUAUUGUAUUAUUUCGCACAUUUUCGUUUUUAUUUAAGGGAUUAUUUAUUAUUAUUAGAAGAAAUAAAUAUAUUGAAAUUAAA